UUAAUUGUACGUAUGCAAAAUCCAUUUAGUGCUCGCUAAGUUGCCGUAGCUGGCUUAUCCAACAUUAACAGACAUUUGACUUUGUUGAAUUUUAAAGAGAUUUGACAAUGCUACUGUCUGUUAAACGAGUACUGGUAUUUAGUAUUUUGGUUACAUGUUCCGUGUGCGUUCAUGUUCCUUUUGAUUUGACCGGGUGGAAGCCAGUUUCACUAACAGACAAAAAUGUAUCGGAUUCAAUGUCAGUAGCUGCUAAACAUAUUGGAGGGAAACUAAUAAAACCAAUUACUGCCUUUAAAUGGAUUGAAAAUGUUCCGUCAUGGGAUUUAUACAGGUUGUCAUUCCUAGGAAUAUUCAUGAAAAAAGAGGAGUAUGAAUGUCAUGCAGAUGUGGUAUGGAUUUCGGACCAUCCUCCUGGUGUUACAGUAUUUAAUGUAGGAUGUGUACCACUAUCAUAUAUCAAUAAGCAUUUGUCAACAUCUUACUCAGGUAAAGCAUCUGACUACAUGACCCCGGUUACAAGUAAACCAACACACAAACAACCCACGUAUGAUAAGCCAACAUAUAAGAGCUCAUCAACAACGAAACAGAACGUCAAAGAACCUACGAAAUAUAUCCCAGGUAAUAAUAACCCAGGUAUAAAUACUAAUACCAUCAAUAAAUUAAGCUAUAGAUCAGCAAAACAAUAUAGCAAAGAAAAUGGCAAAACAAACCCAAUCAUAAAAACAACGUAUAAGUCUGUUGAGACGAAACCUGCAUAUGACAAAACAGCUGUAAGUAAAGAAUCGCCCAUCAAAUAUCUCCCAGUAAAUGCUGAAUCUGGUAAGAAAGUACAAGCGAAGAACGACUCGCCAAUCAAUUAUCUUCCUGUAGAGAAAAUGAUGUACAAGGCAACUGACACAAAGGGUGCAAAUGAUAAAGCAACAGUUAAUAAAGAUUCGCCGAUUAAAUAUGAAGCACCCUCAAAGGAAACAAAGACAACAUCAAUCAAGAAAACAGCAGGGAAUAACGGCUCACCAACAAAAUAUGCAUCUCAAGCAAAACCGACAUACAAGUCAGCUGACACAAAAAGUUCUAAUAAUUAUGAAAAGCCUGCAAUCAAGGAUUCCCCAGUCAAUUAUGCUCCAGAAUUAAAACCGACAUACCAGUCAACUGACACUAAGACUUCAUCUAACUAUAAAAGUUCAGGAAAUAAAGAGUCGCCAAUCAAGUAUGCUCCCGCAAUUAAACAGACACAAGCAUCAACAGACACAAAGAGUUCAACUAAUUACGAACCACCUGCAGUCAAAGAUUCGCCAGUGAAAUAUGCACCAGCAGUUAAGUCGAAAUACCAGUCAAUCGACACCAAGAGUUCAGCAAAGUACCCAUCAGUCAAGUAUAACCCUGCAAUUAAGCCAUCAUACCCGUUAAAUGAGACAAAAAGUUCAACAAAUAGUAAAGAACCUACAAUUAAAGAUUCACCCGUCAAUUAUGCUCCAGUCAUUAAAUCGACAUACAAGUCAAUUGACACUAAAAGUCCAAUAGGAAAUUAUGGCUCAAAAACUAAACAUGUCUCUACAGUGAAAUCGACAUACAGUAUAAAAAGUUCAACUAGUAAUCAAAAUUCAGCAGUUAAAGAUUCGCCGGUCAACUAUGCUCCAGUUGUGAAAUCGACAUACCAGUCAGCUGACGCUAAGAAUUCAACAGACUAUAAAAAGUCGGGAAAAACUGGCUCACCAAUUAAAUAUGUUCCUGCGGCGAAAUCAUCUUACACACCUUUGGACACAAAGAGUAAAGCUAAUGACAAAAACCCGUCAGUUAAAGAUUCGCCAGUCAACUAUGCCACGGCAGUGAAAUCCACGUACAAGUCUGCUGAUACCAAAAAUACAAAAGAUUAUAAAACGUCAGGAAAUAAUGGUGCACCAGUCAAGUAUGUCCCUGCAGCGAAAUCAACGUACACACAAACGGUAACAAAGACUUUGACUAAUGACAAAAAUCUUGCAAUUAAUGAUUCUCCAGUCAGUUAUUCUUCCGCAACGAAGUCUUCUUAUAAAUCAACAGACACAAAACCUGGAUACAAAACGCAAAUAAAUAAAGAAACGCCGAUCAAUUAUGUUCCUGCAGUGAAAUCGACAUAUCCGUCAACCGGAACAAAUGCUGCAGCUGAUAAUAUGGCACCAGUAAAUAAAAACUCGCCAAUCAAUUAUGCCCCAGUAAUAAAAUCAAAGUCAUAUGACAGUACUCAAACUAAGAUUGUAACAAAUAAAGACACACCAGUUAAUUAUGCUCCAGUAGUGAAAUCAUCUUACAAGAUUGGUCCAAAUAGUGCACUCGAUAAUAAUAAUAUGAAUAAUAAUAAUAAUAAAAUCGCCUACUCUGAAUCGCCGAUUAGUUACGUCAAAAGUGUUAAGUCGACAAACAAGGAACCUGGUGUUAAAACAACCACUUAUGACAAAACAGGAAGCAAAGCAGUACAGUACAAAGAUUCAGUGAAAACUAUAAAAUACCAAUCAAAUACAGCAACGAAAAACACUUACAAUCUAGCACCAAAGUUUAAAAAAGAAUCUUAUAAGCCAAUCCAAACAAAGGCAAAGACAACGUACAAGAAAUUAGACUCUAGCAAAUCAACAUACGGAUCGUUACCGACAAAGGCCCCUGCGUAUGAUGAUGCCCUUUUCAAAGCAGAGCUUAUCUACAAGCUAUUUGGCCUUGACAUACCCUCUGAAACAGCUUCACCUCAGGGUAAAAAUUAUGUUACUCCAUUUCCUACAGUAGCUCCUCCGGCUCCUUCAUAUCAACCAAAAUAUGUUCCAAAUGCAAAGGUUGUUCCUCCAUCUUACAAGGGACCAGCCCCUACAAAGGAGAAAACUGCUACAAAAGGUUAUUAAGCCUGAAAAAACGACAAUCGGACAAACAACCCAUAUCCAAUUGAACCCAUGUUGUAAAGGGUUUAUAAAAUUCAUGCAAUGGUUCAUGCACCAUGAAUUACUCAAAAUGUAUUAACAUUGUUUUUCAAGAUUUGAUACUUAUUGUUAUUUUUAGAGAACAAUAAAGAUGUUAAUAAAGAAAUAAAUUGUAGGA